AUGUCCUCUAGUGCAGGAGAUUCUGAAAGUCACCGACCAGACGGAGGCUUUAGCGACAGAGCAUUGCAUACGCAUCAGAGAAUGGGCUGGCAACGGCGUCUUGUAGCAACAUGUGGGAGCGCCAGUCAUGCCACUUUCAACCGCGACUUUUGGGCAAAACGAUCAGAUGACUUGGUACAAAUCCUCAAAGUCUGCCUCAGUCAGGGCUGCUGUACCGCAGAAUGUAAUUCGGAGCAAAAAUCAAAUCAAGUCAACUCAAAAAAUCCCACAGUUUUGCACACAAUCGACUUUCACUAA